AAAAUUUAUAUAACAUGAUAGCAAAGUGUAUAAACGCCUGUUUAUAUACCUAAUACGGAAAAUAUAGCUUUUGGUAUGUGUUUAAAUAAGUAUUUUUGUUGAAUAAUAAAUCUAUAUCCUUCCCAAUAACAAAAGAGGAAUUGCCAAUGCGGCCUUUGUGCCGAUUCUAGUGAACAAAAGACAAUCCCAAUGCUAACAACAAACAACUGGAAAGACCUCGCCAGAAGGCUGGUUACUAUGGAGAUGGUAGCUUGUUAGGUUACUUUCCACUGUCCGCCGGAAGCCGACUCCAUUUGAGAUAGUACACGCGGUUAUCGAUUAGAAUCGUUGCAAAAAAGGCACCUUGUUCUGGAAUAAAACGCAGUACGUAGGCAGUUACCCAUUCCGACACAUCAUUGCCAUUGUUUAGGGAACACAACAAACUGCUGCCUCCUUCUGUAUGGAAUAGAAGUAAGGCUUUGAGGUUCCAACACAAUGGUUUGAGCACGAUGGCGUUCCUACGGGCAUAAGCAAAAAUCCGAUAAUAUGAAUCAAACUUCAAACUCCCUCCCCAGAGGUUACCAUCGGAAUUGGGCGCAAACUGGAGCGCCAACAAUGGGAGGCGUCAGCUUUUCCUUCCGUUUCAUAACGGUGGAAAAAUGUGAACGCGUUUUUCUUCAACAUCGGAGCGUCGUGCUGAUAACGUGCAAUUUUGUGACGGCAGCCCGUAGUUCAAUGCAAAACAGGUUUGCAACAGUUCAGGUAGUUUUCACCCUUUUUUCCAAGCGCUAGUUGCUGCAAUUGUUUCGCGAGACGUUAUGGCGUCCGGAAGUGUUGCGGAAAAGUGCAUAGUUUUUUGAACGUUUUUAUGUGUUAUUGCUUUUAAAGGGGAUUUGUGUCACUGGAAAAUUCUAACGAUCACAGGGGGCACCGAAAGAAAGGUGUUGAUAAGAAAGAAUGAACAUCGGUUGUACUGCAUGCAUUUGAGUGUGGUUGUGCAAUGCGGGAGUAGUGAACUGAAAUGAGUACAACGGAAGGACGACCUCGGCAUACAAGCGGAUGUCGAUUCGAGCGCAAAAGUGAAAGUGACACUAAAAGUUAAAUGUACCGUUUGUGUUAUGUUGCUGUUACCGGAUUAUUUUAAGAUAAUGUUUUGUUAUUGAAGUCCUUCCCUUCCUUCGUUCGGAAAAUAAACAUGCCAAAACAUCACACUCCCCACUCUCCAGUACAUCAUCACCAUCAUCCACCUCCACCAUCCUGCAAUGAUCAUCUGGCACACUCGAUCGAUCUGGCCACAACGCUCCGGAGCGAGUUGGCCGCGUCGACAUACAAGCGAGACAGGCUUAUGGCAGAACUGUCGGACGUUAAGAGCUCGCUGUGUUCUAAAGAAAGUGAGUGUGAAUCUUUGCGUGCCCAAAGUGCUCGCCAGACGUCAUUGAUCGGUUCCUUGCAACAACGACUGGCAGCGGCCGAGCAGCGGGAAAAGACACUUCACAGCCGAAGUGAAACGGUCAUGCACACACUGCACCGCGACAAGAGCCACCUAGAGGAUAAGAUCAAGGAACUAAGCGGAAAGCUGCACCGUUUGCAGUGUGAGCUAACGAAGGAGGAAGGGUUGCGCGACCAGGCACGUUGCCAGCUGCAGGAUCUGGUGCGACGACUCUGUCUGGUGCUGGGGGUGGAUGUGUGCGACGGUGCUCAUCUGACGCCAGAAUGUGUGCUUGCCAAGACGGGCGAAACGGUGUCGGAAGUGCAGAGACUGCGGGCAAAGUUGGCCGGUACCUGUGAGAACCUAUCCUCGACCGAAUCGGAGCUGUUGAGUACGAAGGCGGCUGCUUCGGCGGAGAAGACUCGGCUUCACACACAGAUCGAGGGUCUGCAGUCACUGGCGCAGGGUUUAGAGGGACGGUGUCGACAGGCAGAACGUGAUCUGCAGGUGACGCGCGAUCGGUUGGCUGAAUGUGAAGUUACCGGUGAUAAACUGAGAGAGGAAUUGAGAGGAUUUGAGUCACGCUGCUGCAGAUUGCAGAAUAGCUAUGAUCGGUUGCAGACGGAGCGCUUGCAGUUCCUGCGUACGAUUGCAACGAUCGUAGGAGUCAGCGAACCAUGUGAGAAUAACCUCCGGGACAAAAUCCGGGACCUGACCAAUCAUAGCCAGGCAUUGCAUGAUCAAGUUUCCCAGCUUCGUGAACAACACCACCAGGAAGCUGCUAAGCAUCGCGAACACCAGGAAGCUAGUGCCUGCCGAUUGAAGGGGGAGGAGCAGCACCGGAUGAAUCUGGAGGAUCGGCUCGAGAAAGCGUGCCACGAACUGCAACACUUCCGAUCGGAACACGCGACGCUGAGCGAGUACCUAUUACGGUUGGCGAGAGCACUCUGCUGGAGUGAAUGCACGGAACCACCUGCACCGGGCAGUGACACAACGAUCCUCAGCGAAACGUUGCUCGAACGUGCGGAGCGUCUGGCAAACCAUCACGAGCAUCAUAUCCACGGCACGUGUGAUAAGAGCUGCUGGGAGGCUAUCAACCAUAACCAUCAUCACCAUCAUCACACCUCGCUUUCCCAUUCGGCGUCAAAAAUACGCCGCGAGCGUUCAUGCACCGAUCUACCACUGAAGGAAAGCUCUACCCUGUACCAUAUGCAGCGCAAGGUGCGCGUACUGAAGGAACAGAUCCAGCGACGCGAUCUUCAUCUUGAGCUGCUGCGGCGCAAGAUUGCCCUGCUGGAGGAUAACGCAAGGGGGAAAGCCACAUUACAAACCGAGCGGGACGAGGCUAUGCACAAGGCAAGGAAGAACUCGAAGCAAGCCGAACGAACCACCCAGCAGUUGGCGGAAGUGAAGGCCCAGCUGGCGGAAGUGAAGCACCAGUUGACAGAAGCUUCCGAGUACAAGAUUACUGCCCUCGAGCGGGCCCGCAAGUGUGACGAGCUGCAAGCUCGGUUGUGCGAUCUCGAAACGGAACGGGAGCGGCUGGUUGGACAGUUGGCCUCGUAUAAAUCGCGUGCCCGAUCCGCGGUGGAAACUUCACACGAUCGCCGUGUGCGCGACGAGCAUGCAAUGUCGCAUCUUCGGGAGGAGCUGUCGCGUGUGAAAUUGCAGCUGGCCGACACAAACCACCGACUGUCGCAGCUGCAGGUCUUCCGCACCUCGGUCGCGAAGCUGCUGCACGUGUCGGACUGUGCCGAUUCGGAAAUUCUACAGAAGCUGCAAUCGGUGUGCAGCGACCACGGUCAUCAUCACCGUCAUCAUCGGCACCACAGUGCGUCGAAUCUAUCCAACCGCCGGUACGAUUCCUCCUCACCAUCGGGUGAGGCGCACGUGUCCCGGUACGAUGACAUAUUGACGGGAGGCGGAUCUGGUGCUGCCGGAUCGCAAUCGAUCGGUUGUCGUCCGCUUAGCUCCAGCCCGGUUCACAAUCGACGCUACAUUGAUUCGGGAUUUAAUGAUCACGAUCAUCACUUUGAGGAUGAUUUUGAUUUUCAUAAAAAAUAUUAGUUCACUGCCGAGGCAGAAUCCCGGCCACCACCCAAACAUCACAGCGUGUAUUCGACGACAGAACGCAGUUGUUCACUGCCAGCGAAAGAAGAAGUUUUCGAAAAGAGCGUUUUUGGAUGGAUUACAAAGAAAUACAGCAAAAGUAAUACUGUUUGGCAAGAUUAUGCUUAA